AUGAACAACCCCAACCAUGGUGGUGGUGCCGGUGCCGGAGGUCAGGAUUACCUCGACAAGGCCUUCAACGCCGGAGCCAAGAAGUUCGGCGGCGCGCAGGGUCAGAAGAUUGCUGCGAACCGCGGUAUGAGCGAGAAGAUUGUAAGCAGAGAUCUCCACUGUAUUUGCUUCGUGAACAGUAGUGCGCGAGGUACCGACGGCAUGCGCAAGGCGUAUGAGAAGGUCACUGGCAAGAAGGUUAAUCCUAAGUACUCCAACUAG